AUGAUACUCCGCCCCUCCACUUUCCGCCUCUCCCUUCCAGCCUCGCGCCCCUUCACCCUCUUCCCCUCCUCACGCGCCCCCACAAACCGCAUCUUCGACCCCGUCCGCUCACCCAACGACCUACACACCCUGACUCUCCUCAACGCCGCCGACAACCGCGCCCUAAUCACCUUCUGGACCGCAUCGUGGUGUCAGACAUGCCAAGCUAUCAAGCCUCUGCUCAGAAAAUUGAUUGAGGAAGAGAAAGUAGGGGAGGGGGAGGGCGGGUUGGGGUAUGUGGAGGUGAUGAUGGAUUCGGUGUUGAUUGAGGAUUUGCCGAUUAGGUAUCGAAUUAGUAGUAUGCCGACGUUGCUGGCGUUUAGUCGGCAGGAAGCGCAAUUUGAUACACGCUUGACGAGGCCCGAGGAGAUGCGGAACAAGGAAUUUUUGAGGGAAUGGUUGAUUAAGGAGGCAUUGAGGGGUGGGAGGAGAGGGGGUGGUGGGGGUAGUAUGUUUGGUUAG